GUUUUGCAGUUGUCCUUGAUCAAAUGGAGAUGGUAGAGGGUAGGGAAAUUGGGCGUGCCGAGCUUUACGUGGUUACGCAUACAAAAAACAAUGGAUAUCCAGUCAACCAACAAAGCGGAGUAAAAAUGGAUGAAAUUAAAAAAAGGAUUCGGGAAGAUCCUUCUUUGAUUGGUGAGGAGGCCCGUAAUGGUGAUCUUUAUUCAUCAAUUUUCCCAAAAGGAAAGAAAGGAAGGCCAAGUGGCCUUGGUCUAUUAGUAGAUGGAGUCGCUUCGGAGCGCCUUGCUCAAGUUGAAGCUGAACUACAUUCCCAGCAUGGUCGCAGAGUUAAUGGAGAAUCCAUCCCAAGAGAUCGCACGUACGUAGUGGAUGAUCAGAACCCAAGGGCCAAGGCGACCCAUGCAGGAUGCUGCUAGCCAUUCGUCUCCCCGCCAUCUAAUUCAAAACCCCCUCGGCCCUCGCCGGGACCGUUCGGUUCCAAUCCAACUGGACGCCAGUCCAGACGCUUCGCCACACACACUGCACGUAACUCUGGCCUCGUUUUCUCUUGGGAAGUGAGACGGCGAUGCCGAUGGUGAAGCUGGUGACGAUCCCCGUGGAGGCGAGGGAGGAUGAGAAGGCGGUCAAGUGGCUGGGGCACUACUCGUCGGCGCAGAGCAUCCUGGUCGUCGGCGACGGCGACCUCUCCUUCUCGCUGGCGCUCGCCACCGCCUUUGGCUCCGGGGAGAAACUCGUCGCCACGUCCUUCGACUCCUACGUUCAUCUGAUCAGCAUGUACAGCAAAGCGGAAUCAAACGUAGCGGAGCUGAAGAGACUGGGCGCCACGGUGCUACAUGGUGUCAGUGUGAAGAAGAUGAAGAAACGCACCGAUCUCAUGUCUAGACGGUUCGACCGAAUAGUCUUCAAUUUUCCUCACGCCGGGUUCAUAGGGAAGGAGAAUCAGGUGCAUAUGAUCAACGCCCAUCGGCUGCUGGUGCAAAGGUUCUUCCGCAACGCGAGCAAGAUGCUCCGUCCCCUCGGCGAGAUACACGUCAGCCACAAGACGGGGCAGCCAUACGACAGAUGGGAAAUCGAGGGUCUCGCCCUUGAGUUUUCGCUUCUGAAGUCUGAGAUGGUCGCCUUCCGUAAAGAGGAUUACCCCGGGUAUAACCAGAAGAGAGGCGACGGUGACAGGUGCGACGAGGAAUUCCCUCUACGCAACGGCUGCACUUUCAAGUUCCAGCGCUGGCCUCGCUAAAUUUCCCUCGCUGGCGCCGACGUAAAUUGGGCCUUUUACGAGCACCUUGUGACGCUGCUUGACCGUCGCAUCGCAUGUACUGCGACCCACUUCCAUGGACAUGGCGUG